AAUCCAUGAUCAUUUCAUGGACGCUGGUCUUUUUGGCGAAAUCUCCCCAUCCAUGACCACAAACCGUUAAAGAUCUUGAAUUUCCAUGUGAUUCCAUCUCUCCUGUUUGCAUUCCAGCCAGCAUUCCGGCUAUUUUUGGCUAGAAUCCGGGGGGAUUUGGUUGGAAUCUGUAUGAAAAACAAACCCAUUGUACACACUACUCAGAGACCUCAAACCUUGAAGAUUCCGGUUAAUCGAAAGUUGGGGGUGAAAACCGGGGAUCUUGAGGCGAGUCGAACUAUGUGAUUCCUUCUUUUGUACAGAGAGGGUGUAAACAGGUUGGACGUUUCUCUAUCCCAUGCGGCUGUCCGCCCCCUUCAAAAUACACAGCGGAUUCCCCAAUUGUACACCUUCCUGUUUAACAUUGCGAGGCUCAUUUCCCUCUUAUCAAAGGACAGUUUACCCCGGUGAACAAGCCCUUGAAGCAGAUUAUCAACUACUUCCACAACGAUGGGAACUCAGGCUUUUGAUGAUCAGUCGUACUUUCCCAAGGAGAACGAUGUAUCCUUGGAGAAGCAGAAGGCCGUGGACGAUUGGCUUCCGAUCACCUCGUCUCGCAAUGCGAAGUGGUGGUACUCUGCCUUCCACAAUGUCACAGCCAUGGUCGGCGCUGGAGUCCUCAGCUUGCCCUUUGCCAUGGCCGAGCUUGGAUGGGGUCCUGGUGUUGCAAUUCUCGUCAUCUCAUGGAUUAUAACACUAUACACCCUCUGGCAAAUGGUUGAGAUGCAUGAGAUGGUCCCCGGAAAGAGGUUUGAUCGAUACCAUGAAUUGGGGCAACAUGCUUUUGGAGAAAAGCUCGGCCUCUGGAUUGUGGUGCCACAACAACUGAUUGUGGAAGUCGGGGUCGACAUAGUUUACAUGGUCACAGGGGGAAAAUCCCUGAAAAAAUUCCAUGAUACAGUGUGCCCUGGAUGCAAACCUAUAAAGCUCACCUAUUUCAUCCUCAUCUUUUCCUCUGUUCACUUCGUUCUCGCUCAGUUACCUAACUUCAAUUCCAUCUCUGGGGUCUCUUUGGCUGCAGCAGUCAUGUCUCUAAGUUACUCAACAAUAGCUUGGGUUGGAUCCCUUGAUAAAGGGAAGCAACCAGAUGUAGACUAUAGUUACAGGGCUUCAUCAACUUCUUCUGCAGUAUUUAACUUCUUCAGUGCACUUGGAGAGGUCGCCUUCGCGUAUGCAGGUCACAAUGUGGUUUUAGAGAUUCAAGCAACAAUCCCUUCAUCACCUGAGAAGCCAUCAAAGAAACCCAUGUGGAAGGGUUGUGUCGUUGCUUACAUUGUUGUGGCCCUUUGCUAUUUCCCUGUCUCUCUAAUUGGUUAUUGGGCCUUUGGAAAUAAAGUCGAAGAAAACAUUCUCCUUAGCUUGAAUAAACCACGGUGGCUAAUUGCAGCUGCUAACAUGUUUGUGGUUGUCCAUGUUAUUGGAAGCUACCAGAUUUAUGCAAUGCCUGUGUUUGACAUGCUUGAAACUGUGCUGGUAAAAAAGCUUAAGUAUACUCCCAGCAUAGUGCUACGGUUAAUUACUCGCAGCAGUUAUGUUGCAUUCACAUGCUUUGUUGCUAUAAGCCUUCCUUUCUUUGGUGGACUUCUUGGGUUCUUUGGCGGAUUUGCUUUUGCCCCAACAACAUAUUUUCUUCCAUGCGUAAUGUGGCUUGCUGUCUACAAGCCGAAAAGGUUCAGCUUCUCUUGGAUAGCAAACUGGUUCUGCAUCAUCCUUGGUGUAUUACUCAUGAUCGUUGCUCCUAUUGGUGCACUAAGGCAGAUUAUCCUUAACGCUAAGGGCUACAACUUCUACUCAUGAUUAAUGUGAAUUUCCUUCUUAUGAGGAACCUCUACAUGACGAUGGGCACAAUGGUUUUACAGUUAAACAUGUCUGCAGUUUUUUUAAUCCUCUUGCACUGUGUGUGUUUAUUUGGCUGGUUUGUGCAUCGGUCUAUAUUUGGCUGGUUUGUGCAUCUGUCUCUUUCUAUAAUGUCAAAAGCAAGGAAUGAUACAAUGACAUUUAGUUGUGGGAUAGAGAAUCGCAAUCUUUCUUUCCUUCCUUUCUGUUUACAUGAAGUUUCAGAUCAUACAGUCAUACACAUUGGGCUCAUCCUUAUGAAUAUUAAUAAUAUUAUGGGCCACACAUGGCAUAUUAUUCA